AUGACUUCUUUGAAUAUUAUUUUGCAAAAAGUAGUGCAGUUUUAUGAAAAGCAGCCGAAGCCAGAGGGACGACCCUUCAUACUAGGGAUUUCAGGGCCUCAGGGAUCGGGAAAGAGUACUUUGGCGUUAACGUUAAAAGAGGCAUUGGAACGAAGCAAAGGAAAAGUGGUCGUUAACAUUUCCCUGGACGAUUUUUACUUGACCCAUAAAGAGCAAGUGAAUUUAGCAGAAUCCCAUGCAGACAACCCGUUAAUUCAACAUCGUGGUCUCGCAGGCACACAUGAUGUGGAAUUUUUAAAGAAUGUCUUGGAUGCGCUUCGAAAUCCCACCGAUACUCCUAUAGAAAUUCCAGUUUACGACAAAUCCAAAUUUAACGGAUAUGGAGACCGCGGGGACAAGUCAAAAUGGCAAGUGGUUUCCCCAAAAGAGGUGGAUUUAGUGAUUUUCGAAGGAUGGAUGGUUGGCUUCGAAGCCAUGGACCCAUGCAUGGUGUCUGUGCGAGCUCGUUCCACAAAAUGGCAAUGUUUGGAAGACAGCCUGCUGUGGGUCAAUGAACAGCUGAAACGCUAUGAAUCCGUUUUUAGAAAAAUCGAUUCCCUUGUCCAAUUGGAAGCUCAAGAAAUCAAAUACGUUUAUGAAUGGCGUCUCCAACAAGAACAUACACUCAAAACCCUUAUCCAUGCAGGUAUGUCGGAUGAAGAAGUCAAAAUCUUUGUCAACAAUUACAUGCCACAAUACAUUCUGUACCUUGGUACAUUGUCCAACAAGGUACAUUUAAACCCUCGUUGUUUAGAAAUCAUUCUCGAUGAAAAUCGAUGGCCCAUUGUAAUUCACUAA